AUGCGAACUAGAGGUCGCAACCGACUGGUAAUUGAACAAGAUGGCGAUGAAGAUGUGCGACCUUAUACUGAGCAUUUGAUGGAUGGUCAAAACCAUUCUGCAACCCAGCCUUAUAUUGAGCAGUUGAUGGAUAAUCAGAACUCUUCUGAAGACCAGGCACAUGAUGAUCAAUUUUGUGAUUUGAAUAGUCCUGCUGGUGGUAUUGAAGUUCAACAAAAUGAUGAUGAAUCAGGUAAUUUGGAGCCAAAAAAGGUUCGUGGGCCUACUUUACUAAAAGAUAUUUGGAAACUUCCUCCGGGGAAGGUAGUUGAUGUGCCGUUUAAUAAUCGUAACCAAGCUAUUGGGGAAAAAGGUCGAAAGCUUGCUAGCUUUCUAGGAAUCAUUGCGAGAACUCCAGAACUAACACCUUUACAUGUAGGUGAUUGGAGAAAUUUUGACAAGGAGGAAAAGAAGAAAUUGAGGCGUUUCCAAGCAAAUAGAAAUAAUAGGGCCAAUCAAAAGAUGCCUCACACAGGAGGAUCCAAAAGUAUUGCUACCUUGAUGGAUGAGCAGGCUGUAAAUGGGAUAGAGCCUACACGCGCACAAGUUUUCAUAUUAACUCAUACAAAACGUAAGGAUGGUAGACCACUGGAUGAUGAUUCUGUCAAGGCAAUUGAAAUGAUAAAUGAAAGGACGAACAAUAGUGAGAGCUCUACCGACCAACCUCCUCGCGCUGUUGCUUGGGAAGGCGAUGUGUAUUCUCAGGUGUUCCGAAAUGACAAAAGUGGAUAUGUUCGUGGUUUAGGACUUGGUCCAACUCCUUCUAUUCUAUGGGUUAGUAGAUCUUACUUAGAAAAUAUUGUUGGAGACGAUUCGUCUAAUGAAGCUGUCCAAAGGUUAACACAAGAGAUAACCGAGUUAAAGGAUAAACACAAUGAAGAAAUAAAUCUGAUGAAACAAAAUCAGGAGAAGAUGCAAUCAGAAUUACUCGAAAUGCGACAAUUGAUGCGCAAAUAUGCUUCCAAUGAAUCUAUGCCUCAAAAUAUCAAUGGCACCUCAAUUGAAUAG